AAAACGAAACAAAAAGAAUAAUUAAUACAGAUUUUAAUAUAGUUAAAGUUCGAAAACACAGGGCGAUAUCAAUUAUCAAGAAUUAAUAAAUAUUAAUUGGUAACUUAACUGGCAACACAAAUUCCUUUCUUUCAUUUCAACAAGCAAAACAGUGUCCGGCAUGAGUGACGCUGCGCCAUCGACAGCGCCUAAGGCGAAGGCGCCUAAAAGCAAAGCUCCCAAGGAGAAGGCUGCAAAAGCCGCGCCUGCAGCACCCGCGGAGACCCCGAAAGCCGUCCGCAAAGUCUCCUCUAAGGCUAGACAUGGGAGGCUGUACGCCAAGGCAGUCUUCACAGGAUACAGACGUGGUCUUCGGAACCAACACGAAAACACAGCUCUUCUGAAAGUUGAAGGAGCACGUAACAGGGAUGAUGCAAUCUUCUAUGCGGGCAAGAAGUGUGUAUAUGUAUACAGAGCUAAGAAGAGGACUCCAAUCCCUGGCGGGCCACGGGGCAAGAAGACCAAGCUGCGUGCAAUCUGGGGCAAGGUGACCCGCCCGCACGGUAGCUCUGGCAGUGUCAGAGCCAGGUUUAAGUCUAACCUGCCUGCACAGGCUAUGGGACACAGAAUACGUGUGAUGUUGUAUCCAUCAAGGAUCUAAACCUGUUUAAUUUAAGUCUAAAAUAAAAUAAAAUCCUUAAAAUCA